CCCUCUUCAGUCUGGCUUUGUUUACGGGAGCGAGCGGGCGUUGCACCGCGUUACUCCCCAGCGCGCACGCGUCAUUCAUUUAAAAAUAAAACUUAUAUUUGCUUCACCACAUCCUGUGCUUCAUGACUAAUCUCACUCAAAACUUAGUAAUUACUCAUUUCUAUAACUCUUCAAGUCACAACUAAGUUCGCAAACAAAACAAAAAAGUUUUGAUUCGCAUUCCUUUCCAGACGUGCAAACUUGUGCUAAAUAUUGUGGUUUUAUUUUGUUUAUUGGAAAUAAAAGUUUAUAGUGGUAUGCAACCGCGUCUGCUUCGUUGUGUAAAUAUUUAAAACCAAACACAGAUAAAUAAACAAACUUUUUUUAGUGUGCACGUGUAACAACCUUCUUGAUAUCAUGGAUGUGUGUCUAAAAUUCUAAAUUGUAGAAGAUCGAAAAUGGAUUGGCGCGAAAAACUGUUCGGGAAGGUUUUAGUCAAGUGUGAAUCGGGGACUCAGAAUGGUAAAUUCGAGAAUAUAUCGACGUUAGAAGCUUUAUCCGACUGCGUGGAAGAGGGUGAGGGUGCCGUGUGUGGGAUAUAUUUUUCUUUCGCGAACAUAAGUGACGCUAGUGAUGAUUUUGGAGUGCGUUUGGAGGAGGUGUACAAGAGAGUGCAUCCUCGGCUGAAGGUGGUGCAAGUGGUCCUGUGGGCGCAUGUGGGCACUCCUGAGGGCCUGGUGGAGAGAGAAGCAGGGUUUCGGAGGAGCUUGACGGGGAAGCCCUGGUUUGCGGUGCCAUUCCACGAUGUUGAUACGAAGCGCCGCCUAACCCAAAAAUACAGCAUCGCCGUCGGAGUCCCGACCCUGGUCAUCCGCGGCCGUCACGUGCGCGAUGCUCUGCUAGACGACGCGUUGGGGGAGAGGUUUCCCUGGCCACCUCCUCCCCUGGCGGAGGUGCUGAGAGGGGUGCAGCUGCAGGGCGACGGGGGGAAUAAGCUGUAUGAGCAGCUGCCCCCUGAUGCUGUGAGGGUGUUCUAUUUUGCGGCUCAUUGGUGUCCUCCAUGCCGGUCGUUCUCUCCGAGCCUGUGCGCGGCGCUGUCGGCCGUGCGCAAGCGUCGCACCAAGUACGCCAACACGCAGCUUAUACUCGUCUCCAGUGACAGGAGCGAACAAUCCUACAACCGCACGGUACAAUCCGUCUCCUCAGUGGGUGCACUCUCCGUGCCCUGGUCUGCCACGGACGCGCGCCUCACCAUGCCAGCAGCGCUCGGUGUCGCUGGCAUACCAGCGCUCGUCAUCACUGAUGGAGCCGGCAAGAUUCUAACUGCUAACGGCAGGCAGCAUUUGUCUGCUGAUCCGCUUGGAUUUAACUUCCCAUGGGCGCAGCGGCCAGUGUCAGUACUGACGGAGCAAGCGUUGCUGAAAAUGGCGCGCCACCCAGCUGUCGUUCUAUUUAUUGAUGAUGAAGACUCAGAAAUCGAAUUCGCCGAAUCCGUCAUUACACCUUCAGCAGAAUCUUACUACGAAGAAUGCAGCAUCCAGUUCCCAGGCUUCUGUCCUUACCAGAACUCCUCAGACGAUGAGACCAUGGACUUCGACUACCCGACGUCACGUCACUCCAGGCUGAAGAAAAAACCUUUCAAACACGUCAUGUUCUACAUAGGUAUCGAUGGAACUGACAGCGCAGAUAUGCUAAGGGAACAUAUAGGUCUCGACGAUGCAGUUCCAUUGCUAACCUCCAUAGAUUUCCCCAAACAACGCAUGGUCACCAUGAAGUAUGGUGAUGAGAUCACCACGGAUUCAGUCCAGAAUUUCGUUGAUGCGUACUUGAGUGGGAACGCUGACUUUAAGCCUUUGAAACCUUAUAGUGAGAAGUGUUAGAGAUCAAUGUAUGAUUUGGAGUAUGACUUAUACAUGAUGACUGAUAUACCAGUUUUUUUCUACUGUUUUCUACCAAAACAUUCAUUUUGACAGUUCUCGUGAAGUAACUUUGCUUAUCUGAAAUAGGCUACUAUUAACAGCUUCCAGAACGAUUUCGGCCAAAGCGCUUAUUCUUUCUAAGGAAGGAGAUUAGCCAGCUGCGCAGGACAUAAUUGUUAUAGCGGACUAGAAUUAGCGCAGACAGAGGUGCAGUCACUAUCCCUUCACUCUCGUAGUCCGAUGGGACGGCAAUCCGACACAACCGGAGAGAAAUCAGGCGCAGGACCGAAAGCCCUAAGGUGCUGUCCGAGGCACGGAUGUCGCAAGUCGCAAUGUAGGAACAAAACACUGUUACGCAUGCGCGAAGCAUCAAAUGACUGACGACUUCAGUGAGGUAAACUUAUUUGACAAGAGGUGCAAUGUCGUGUUCGUACAUUUUAACUAUGGUGACUUCCACCUUCGCCAACUUCGGACCGAUAUAAUUACAUGACGAGAACUGUACAAAAUCAUCUUUAUAGUCAUACUUCAAGGCGAAAAAUGGCAAUUAUUUUGAAUCUAGCCUUAAUUACCUACAUUUGUUAUUCCAGUAUUAUUUCAAUAGUUCUUUAGGAGUCAUUGUAAAAUAUUUUCAGUAAAUUCAGUAGUGAUUAGAACUUAGCUAUUGUAUUGUUUAAAUGGUUAGUUUUACAGUAAUAUGUAUGAAAUGUAGGCAGGAUCUCAUACAUUUUUGUAUGGGGGAUUGUAGGUAUUGAAUUAAAAUAAAAAGUUAUUUCAAACACAGUAAAAAGGUGCAAUCUGGCAAAGUUGUAUUUCAUAGAUUUUUGAGUGCGAUGCAAAGAUGCAAUGUAAUAAUUACCUAUAGUGUAUUGUCUCCAAAACUUGGAAAAUCAUAACAAACUUAAUAUAAUGUAGCUCAUUUUCAUUCUAUGUAAUGAUAAGUUAUGGUUUUUACCCAAAUAAAGAUUAAGAAAUAAAAAUCUGAGAAUAGAUCAUC